AAGAUACGGCCAUCCACCAGGACGCAGUGUGGUCAAAGUUCAAUCCAUGAUUUCUGCCGAUGAAAAAAUGCAAACCAUUUUGGCUCCGCUACCGAAGCUCACAUUGCCUUUUCCUCCCCAAAUAAACGCUGAGGAUCUGUUUACGACAAGCAAAUUGCCUUCCAAACCACCCAACGCAUUUUUUAUUUACCGUAAGGUGUAUACCAAAGAGUUGAUCACUCAGAAUUUUCGAUUCAAGAUGACCGACGUGAGCCCGUUGGUAUCAAGUUCUUGGAAGCUGGAAUCUGACGAGGUGAAAACAAAAUACAAAGAGAUCGCAAGAGACGUACGCCAAAUUUACAAGAAGAAGAAAACCUCCAUCGAAGUGGAGGAUUCAUCAGACGAAACCGCAUCUAAAAAUGAUGAUUCGCAGACAAUCGAAAAACAAGAAACAACUUCUAUCUCAUCUUCAAAUCAAAAUGAACUGACAGAGGAGAGAUCUCCUUUAACUCCAGAGGAAUUGUUAUCAACCCCUGAGAUGUCUCAGGAAGACGAUUUACCGGAACCAUGGGUUAACUCGGAUUUUCCGAGCUCGAACUUUUUUUCUCCUCAAGAAAUUGGGAGUGACAAUGACAUGCCAAUUAAUUUUAUUGAAAAUGUAAAUAUCGAAUCGUCUUAUUCCGAUUAUUUCAAUUUCAUAUCACCCCCAAAUUAUCAUCCCCAAAUCCCUAUAAACGAUCAACCUUUCACGGAACCGUGGACGCACGAUUUGAAUUUUCUGCUUGAUCUCGAUGUUCUCAGUGUUUCCGAAAAUCAAUUCUAA